UCCCUCUCCUCACUUCGAAGCUCUAAACCAAACAUAAAAACUCCACAAGGCCUUUAAUUAUCCUUUGAAUCUGUCCCUUCCAAUUUUAGCUUCCCCGCCGUCGUUCGACUCUAUAUUUCCAGAUUUCAGAAAAUGUCAAUAUCAUCGGUCGCAACCUCCAAACUCUCUAUUUUUCCCGGUAACGAUUUAGCGACGAUCAAGGAGAUCGGAACUAGAACUUUCGUUUGUUUUAAAGAGCUUAAUAAUACCGCAUCUCGCUCUAAACUAACUUCACCAGCAUCAGUUUAUACGCACCGUCUGACUUUCACGAAUCGCGCGGUUGCGAUUCACUGCGUUAGGCCGGAUUCCGCGGGGAACACUAGUAGUUCAUUAGAAGGGGUAAAAGGAAAUUUUGAUGAUGAGUCUAGGGUUUUGGAGAUCGGAAACGGUGAUCAACAAAAGAAUGACUUCGGCGGCGGCGGUGGUGGUGGAGGAAAUGAAGGCGGCGGAUCAUUUGGUGGCGGAGACAGCGGUGAAGGUGGCAAUGAAGAUGAAAGCGAGUUUGGGCCAAUAUUGAAGUUUGAGGAUGUGAUGAAGGAAGCGAAAGCAAGAGGAGUGGAGCUGCCUUCGGAUAUGCUGGAAGCUGCGAAAAGUAAUGGUUUACGGAAAUUAUUCCUUCUUCGUUACUUGGAUUUACAGGGAACGGUUUGGCCACUUGGCUUUUUAAUUAAAUACUGUUCUUUGCUCCGGAAUCGAAUGCUAGCAGAUCCUUCAUUUCUUUUUAAAGUUGGAACAGAGAUAGUAAUUGAUUCUUGCUGUGCAACAUUUGCGGAAAUACAGAAAAGGGGAAAGGAUUUUUGGGCAGAGUUUGAGUUGUUCCUUGCUGACCUUUUGGUCGGUAUAGUGGUUGACAUUGCUUUGGUUGGUAUGUUAGCACCGUAUGCUCGUUUUGGUCAACCAUCUGCAUCCAGAGGAUUAUUUGGUAGCUUACAGCAUGCUACUGCUUCUCUUCCUAGCAGUGUUUUUGAAGCCGAAAGACCAGGCUGUAAAUUUUCAGUGAAACAGCGGAUUGCUACAUAUUUUUAUAAGGGUGUAUUAUAUGGCUCAGUAGGGUUCGGCUGUGGUCUUGUUGGCCAAGGCAUUGCAAAUCUGAUAAUGACUGCCAAAAGGAACAUAAGGAAAUCAGACGAGGACAUUCCUGUGCCACCUCUUGUGAAAAGUGCUGCUCUUUGGGGUGUUUUCCUGGGGGUAUCUUCCAACACCCGUUAUCAAAUUAUUAAUGGAUUAGAGCGUCUGGUGGAAGCAUCACCGGCCGCAAAGCAGGUUCCACUGCUUGCCAUGGCCUUCACAGUAGGUGUCCGGUUUGCCAAUAACAUUUACGGUGGGAUGCAAUUCGUCGACUGGGCCAGAUGGAGUGGUGUACAAUAGAGCAGAGCAAUAUUCGCGUCUGUGGCAGGCCGCUUAUUGAAUGAGAGACACCGCCAGCGGAAUUGGUCUUAACAAUCAAAAUGACAGCCAGUUAAAGGAACAGAGCGAAAGACUUAGAUACAUAGGUUUGUUCAAAUAUUUCCCACUGAACGAAGGCUUUCCUUCCAUUAUAAAUUUGGCUUUUGAUCAUGACAAGCCUUUGUGUGUGUGUGUGUGUGGAUUACUAGAAUUCCCUGUUUUAGGGUCAGUAUCUUGUUCAUGUUCGGAUUUCUCUUUCCUUUUCCUCCUCAUACUUGGACGUGUCA